AUCAGAGCUCCAGAUGAUGCGCCAUUCCCAAUUAGGACAAGCAACCACCAUAACCUCCAAGCUCAAGCAACGUCACAGCCAACAGCCAACUACAACUAAACAAACAACUGUGUGCUAGCCAGACAUCAAACCCCAGCCAAAUCCAUCCCUCGACGAUGAAAAAAUGAAAAAGAGAAUUACCUUCGUUCAUGCAGCUGAUGGGGAAUUCAAUCCGGAGCAGAUCACUGUGAAGGAUGACUCUCUCUCUGUCCAAUCCCUAGACGCAGCGCGCCAGGAACGAGUUACAUUUGCCGUUGACGAGCUUCCCCAGGAGGUCUGGCAAGUCCUGAAGCAAUGUCAUGAACUACAUAUCCGCUGGUCGUCGCAAUAUGUUUACGAUGCCGUCCCACCGUUCGCGAGCAGAGUAUCGCCAGGCUUGCAUGUUUUCUACACGCCGAUUGACCAGGACCGUCCUGCCACACGCCUAUGCCCUCUCCUACUCAAGGUGUUCGAUGAUAAGUUGAAAUGCUAUCUUCCAGAGACAUCGUUUAUAUCGCCGCCAAUACUAUCUAGAACAUUUAUCUCGAAUCCCCCUCUCCAAUUCCACCAGCUACUUCCCUCCCUUGACGAGUUCGUCAAGUACAUUCAGCACAAAAUCUGCCCACGGCUUGGGGAUGAACAGAAAAUCACCUGCGAAUCGGAUGUAGCCUCGCUUCUUUCUGCGGAUUCGGUGGAUAUCGACUAUGACAGCGUUUCGCACACUCUUACGACGGCGGGCUACUGGUCCAAACCUCCACAGAGAGAUGGAUGGACAGAAACAAUACGCAAACGCAAGAAGAGCACAGAUAAAGUAGAGGUGGGGAUAUUGGCAAUGGAGCGGGCAAGACUACCCGAAGAACUCUCCAUGGGCGGUUUCCUAGCCGUCGUAGGAGAGGAUAAGAAAUUAAAGCCAACACUCUUCUCCUUCCCAUCCCGUCAUCACCCCCUCCCCAAUUCCUCAAAAUACACCACCACCUUCCGCCACCCGACAGGCCUUCACCCAACCCUCCAGCUCUCAAUCACACGCUCAGCCCUCACAGCCACACCCCCACGAGCACCCCCAGACUCCAAAUGCGGCUUACACACCUACCUUACCCUCCCCUCCUCCGUCUUCGCCGAUAAAUACCAGCUAUCCACCACUGACCCGCUCUUCCUCCAAUCACACAACCUCCUCUCUCUCCGCGCCAUCGCAGGCGAAACGGACCUCGAAGCCCCAGACUGGGUAACUGAGCGCUGGGGGUCAAGUUUACUUCUCGAGCUCGCCACACCACCAUCUUCAAAUACCCAUAAAUCUACACACGGAAACAGAAACGAUGACAACGACAACGACUGGCAGGUCACCAUCCCCUUACACCUCCGCUACCUCCACCCUUCCCCCAGCGGCUACAGGAACAUCAGCGUCCCAUGGCCCGUCAUCUUCUGGGCGUGCACGCCUGAAGAUGAAGAACGGGAGGAGUCAGCGGCGGAUGGAAGGGGGAAGAUGAUGGCGAUUAACCCGUUUGACAGGGUAAGGCUGGGCUGGGAUGGGUUGUUUGCGCCCGGGACGCUGUUUUACCAGCUGCAUCCUGACACAGCUACUUCGACAGAUGAGGAUGCGCAUGUGCAUCUGGGUGCGGAAAGGGGUAUGAUGGUUGAGAAGAUCCAGGUGCCGGUUUUGAGAAUUGAUGAUGGUAAUGAUGGUGGUCUGUUGGAUAAUGUGCGCAGUAUUGAGAUGGUGACGUUGGUUGUUGUUGUUUUUGGGUUUUUGUGGGUGUUACGGAGCUUGGGGCGGGUGGUGAAGGAGGGCGGGCUUGGGAGUGGGGGUGGGAGACGAGAUUUACGGGCCAGGGAGAAGAGGGAGUGAAGUGAGUCCUGUGUUAGGUGAGCAGAGUAGAUCAUGACUAACAUGAAGAUUGCGGAGAAUGGAACCUGAAUCUACGAACAAGGAGAACAGAUGAUAUAAACUGCUUUUCACUGUUUUUACCCCUAUCUUGUGAGAUAAUGAUUAACCGUGCCAAACGCGACUCACUACCAUUAGUGAGGAGUGAGUGCGCUUGGCACGGUUACAGCAUAUGUAUGUAAUAUAGCAUAGGCUCUCAUUGUAAAAUUAAAGAAUUCAAUUGAAUAAAAAACUGAAAAAUAGACAUUAUAUCAUUUAUACACAUA